AUGGAUGUCCUAAACGCGGCUUUGUCGAGAUUCUCACCUACCGCUGCUCCUUGUUUCCUUAAAAAUCAAGCAACUGGGCAAAUAUGGCCAACAAAUCCAAUCCAAGUUGCCGCUGUCGACUUCCUGUACCGCAUGGUCAAGGCAGUCAAGGCGCAGAAAAACUAUGAAUUCUGGAGGGACAAUAUAUUUGGCACUAGCGGUCGGUGGACAGUUGAGGCUCGCAUUUUGAACGAGCGAACCAUCUUCACAGCGGAUCCAGGAAACAUCAAGGCAAUGCUUGCGACGCAAUUCAGCGACCAUGGCAAGGGCCCCGACUAUCACGCCAUGUGGAAAGACUUUCUUGGAAACAGCAUCUUUGCGACAGAUGGCGAGAUGUGGUCCGCGAGUCGGAAAUUGGUUCGACCGCAGUUCACACGAGACCGCCUUAGCGACUUGGAAUGCUUUGAAGCCCACAUGCAGACAUUAUUCCGAGUACUUGACGCUGCAGACUCGCUACUAGGUUCCAAGCAUGCAGAGGGGAUACCCAUGUCAGAAGAAAAGGUUAUAGAUAUACGUGAUCUGUUCUAUCGGUUUACAUUCGAUGUUCAACCGACUUCCUACUUGGACAGGACGUCCAAUCGCUCACAAUUCGCUCAUGCAUUUGACGAAGUCCAGCGCAUGCAAACCAUUUUUGUCAGGAGCCGUCAAUUUAGCAAAUUCAUAUCAAAGAAGACCUUCCGAGUUAGUCUAAAUCUCAUGAACGGAUUCAUCUACAAUUACGUGCGUCGUGCACUGAGCCUAUCACCGCAGGAAGCACAGCAAAAGUCACAAUCUGUCCUCCGUGACCAGAUUGUGGGCGUACUACUUGCUGGCAGAGACACAACAGCGGCUACUCUCUCUUGGGCUCUAUAUGAACUAAGUCGCCAGCCUGAAGCUGUUGCUCUGUUACGCAGCGAGAUUUUGCAGACGGUCGGAUCCGAUGCGCCGACAUAUGAUCAGCUCAAGAACAUGCCGUACCUCAAGGCACUGUUGAAUGAAACUCUACGUAUCUAUCCCGCAGUGCCAUACAAUGUGCGGGUUGCGCUGGAGGAUACGACUCUGCCGUACGGUGGCGGAUCAGAUGGGAGUGAGCCUAUUGCCAUCUUGAAGAAUACUAAGAUUGCGUACUCGACUCUUAUUUUACAUCGUCGUCGAGAUUUAUAUCCGGCUACCUCGGAGAAAUUUGCAGACCCUACCAUUUUUAGCCCCGAUCGUUGGCAGCACUGGCAUCCCAACCCUCAUGAUUAUAUCCCGUUCAACGCAGGGCCACGAAUCUGUGUCGGUCAGCAAUUCGCUCUGACGGAGAUGCCAUAUGUGCUGUGCAGGUUGUUCCAGCGCUUUGAGAAAGUCGAGAGUCAUAUGCAACAGAUUGAUGGCGGUGAUCCCACUCUAAAAGCAGAUAUUAUUUUAUCACCGGGAGAUGGGGUUUGGGUGUCCUUGAAUACGCCAAGGCAAAGAUGA